AUGGUUACGGAGGCCUCGGUCGGCUCCGGAGUGCAGAGGAGUUGGGACCAGCGCGCCGCGUCCUCCCCUUCGUGCCUGACACCUGUGGGGCCGGCUCGCCUCAUUGCCAGCCGGCUGCCUGGCCAGCCCCGUGCGUACGCGGACUUCCUCUUGCUGACCGGGGACUCCAGGUCCUUGGCCUUCUUCCUGGAACCGUCGUGCGUGAACGCCACGACUGUGGACAUCCCACAGGUGUCCGCAUCCGCAGCUCCCAGUCUUGCCCACAAGCCAGUACUUGGUUUCCUUAGGACCAACCUGGAGGCCUUGCAGAAGAAGCUGGAGGAGCUGGAACUGGACGAACAGCAGCGGAAGCGCCUAGAGGCCUUUCUCACCCAGAAGCAGAAGGUGGGAGAACUGAAGGAUGACGACUUCGAGAAGAUCAGUGAGCUGGGCGCAGGCAACGGUGGUGUGGUGUUCAAGGUCUCCCACAAGCCAUCCGGCCUGGUCAUGGCCAGGAAGCUAAUCCACCUGGAGAUCAAGCCGGCCAUCCGGAACCAGAUCAUCAGGGAGCUGCAGGUUCUGCACGAGUGCAACUCCCCGUACAUCGUGGGCUUCUACGGAGCCUUCUACAGCGACGGCGAGAUCAGCAUCUGCAUGGAGCACAUGGAUGGGGGUUCCUUGGAUCAAGUUCUCAAGAAAGCUGGAAGAAUUCCUGAGCAAAUCUUAGGAAAAGUUAGCAUUGCUGUGAUAAAAGGCCUGACUUAUCUGAGGGAGAAGCACAAGAUUAUGCACAGAGAUGUCAAGCCGUCCAACAUCCUCGUCAACUCCCGUGGGGAGAUCAAGCUUUGUGACUUUGGGGUCAGCGGACAGCUCAUCGACUCCAUGGCCAACUCCUUUGUGGGCACAAGGUCCUACAUGUCGCCAGAAAGACUCCAGGGCACUCACUACUCGGUGCAGUCGGACAUCUGGAGCAUGGGGCUGUCCCUGGUGGAGAUGGCGAUUGGGAGGUAUCCCAUCCCUCCUCCAGAUGCCAAGGAGCUGGAGCUGAUGUUUGGAUGCCAGGUGGAGGGAGAUGCAGCUGAGACACCUCCCAGGCCGAGGACCCCCGGAAGGCCCCUCAGCUCGUACGGGAUGGACAACCGACCUCCGAUGGCGAUUUUUGAAUUGUUGGAUUACAUAGUCAAUGAGCCUCCUCCAAAGCUGCCCAGUGGAGUGUUCAGCCUGGAAUUUCAGGAUUUCGUGAAUAAAUGCUUGAUAAAAAACCCCGCGGAGAGAGCAGAUCUGAAGCAACUCAUGGUUCAUGCUUUUAUCAAGAGAUCUGACGCUGAAGAAGUGGAUUUUGCAGGUUGGCUCUGCUCCACCAUCGGCCUUAACCAGCCCAGCACACCGACUCAUGUGGCUGGGGUCUGAGCACCUGGGAGCAGCAGAGAGCGAGCCCCUACCCAGUGGCCUGUGUGUCGCUUCUGGUCCUCUUUCCCAUGCUUGUCUCUGUGCAGACCUGCAGCUCACCUGUGACAAGGAUGAAGAGCACAGCAUGUGCCAAAAUGCUCGUGUGUCCUUUUACUAUCACUGUCUUCUUCCUCCCGCAGUCCCCUCAGUGGACUGGCUUUGUGCUUGGGCUAACUGUGUGUACGUAGGUGAUCACAACACGUGCCAGGCUGAAUUACAGUGAAACUCCGGUGACCGUGCCUCGCCUCCUUCCUGCAGCUGCACCGCCGUUCCCGCCCUGUGACUGGCCGGCUGCCUGUGUUUUCGGGACUCUUUGACACUCGGUGGUACUUCAUUCUUGCCGGGCAGACCUUCUCUCUGAGGAGAGCCUUGCGAGACCCUCCAUGGGCAGUGCAUGUGAAGCAUGCUUUGCUGCUAUGAAAAUGAGCAUCAGAAUGUGUGCACCGUGAUCUUUUGUUUUGCUUUUGAUGUAGAAUUCAGCAUUUUCCACCAGAAUCUAGCCAGAGCCCGCCACUGCCAUGAUAGCCAGGGCUGUACCAGUCUGUCUGCUGUGGUGACCUGCAGACUUCUGGUUGUAUUGCUGUAUUUAUUUUUCAGUACACUGUGUGGGAUCUGAGUGGGUUAUGUCUCUUUUAAGUUUGGAGUAGUGUUUCUAACAUGGGGGAGUUAUUCUGAAUGUUACAAAUGGAUCAAGGCAUUAAAAUGUGUUGAAUUUAUCUUUCCUCAAAUCCAAGUACCAAUGUUCUUGUAAACGUGUAUAGUGCCUAAAAACUGUAUGAAUAUCCUUUUAACCAUUUUAAUCCAGAUGUUUAACAGAUCUUAUUCUAAUAAAUAUAUAUCAAGUUAAAAAAAGAAAAGGGACGAGAGAGAUGGCUACUUUCGUGGUGAGGACCACAACUGCCCUAGGGCCUAAGAAGCAGACUUUCACCCAGCAUUGUUA